GUUUAAUCAAACCCCAACUUCUUGGAAAAAUGAACUUUUCUGUCACUUUGGAAACCCCCAGGCCGAAACAACAGUAUUGGCCAUAGCCCCGCGUACUCUGAGCUGUAUCCCACCUUUGAGAACUCGGCCAAUCAGCUCUGGUUGUGUGUUACGGUCUAGGAGCGUUUCCCUUGCUGCCUACUGCUUCCAUCGAUUAUAAAAAUACUGACAUUAUUUCUCUACAAAUCUAAGUGUUUGAGACAUAUGAUCUCUCAAUAUCUAGCUUUAACACCCGGAUUCUGAAAACAAAACGAAGAGAAAUUAUUUAUUUACCAUGCUAGCUGAUAAUGUUUUCCUUCUCAUUCCUAAUCUCAUUGGAUACAUGCGCAUUGGCCUUGCCGUCUCUUCGCUCUAUUUCAUGCCGAUCCACCCGCGAACAUGUACAGUGCUUUACAGCGUAUCCUGUCUGCUCGAUGCGGUCGAUGGCAUGGCUGCACGGAAAUUCAACCAGGCGUCUCAGUUCGGAGCUGUGCUAGAUAUGACAAUUGAUCGAUGUACCACCUCAUGUCUUUUAGUCUUCUUAGCAGUUACUUAUCCACAGUGGAGUAUCUUAUUCCAGUGCUUGAUUAGUCUGGACUUUAGCAGUCAUUACAUGCAUAUGUAUGCGACUUUGGCGAUGGGUGCUGCUAACCAAAGUCAUAAAAAUAUGGACGAAAAUCGGCCUUGGGUGAUGAGAAUAUACUACUCCAAUACGAAUGUGCUGUUUGUAGUCUGUUUGUUUAAUGAGCUCUUUUUCAUUGCACUUUACCUUCUUUCCUUCUCAACGAACGUGCCAUCCUGGAUUCAGCCUCAAAGCAUGGAAAUGAGAAGCCGGGCAUUUGAUAGCACCGUUCCCUGGACUCUGAUGUGUGUCUCAGCCGUGUUUAUGCUUUUUAAACAAUAUGUCAACGUUGUCCAGAUGGUCGAGGCUUGCAAGUGGAUUGCCGAAGGUGACGCCGAAAGGAGAAAACGGCUGAAGACAAGCUGAUGGAUGGUUACCCUGCUGCGCCCCAAGACCUCACAGCCACAAGCCACAAGUUCAUCCAUACGAGAACAAUCCACAAUCCACAAUCCACACACCCUAGCCCGUGACUAGUCAUUUUCAUGUGAAAGGAAGAAGCGAUAUUAAGGUUAUUAUUGUAUGAAUACAUACCUCUUAAUCGUAGUUCAGGUGCGAUGCCGAAGUGGAUGUAACAACAUAUCGG